AAGAAAAUCAUUCAGCUUGAUGAUCUCUUAUGAAACUCAUCUGUGUGUCCAGAUGUGGUGUGUUGCUGUUGUGUUCGCAGUGCUGCAGCUGUGCAGCCCAGCGCUGCAGGCUGACCCACUGCUCUACAUCUCCCAGCUGCAGGACGGGCAGGAGAGACCCAAGGCAUGGCUAAACCCAACACUGGAAAAUGUCUUCCCUUCCCGGGAAGUCACCAAACCUGCUUUGAUUAGAGACAUCCAACAAGCUGAGACGACGUCACAAUCCCCCCCCAUGUUUGGUGAACACACCAACCUCAAGUGGGUCGCCUGGGACGGCUCCCUCCCAAAUGGAGCUGUCGCCAUCUUCAACGGCUACACCGAGCGCACCGACUACGUGUGCAAAGUCAACUGCGAGGCCGGCUUCUACACUCCCAGCAAAGGGGACUUCUGCCAGUACCCUUACGCCGACAGAGAGUACAGGUCAUCCAAGUUUGAAGUGCUGGUCAAUGUGGACCACUUUGAGUUCCUGCAGUGGGUCGAAGAUUCUUACGGUUCUGUCCCCCACUAUGCUGUCAAAACUUGCCCCAAGUCUGAUAUCUAUGUGGGCAAAAACAAGUACGGUCUUGGCAAAGUGGUCACCCAACAUGAGGCCUUCUUCCUUCCCUGGGAGGGUGAUGAAUACUGGUACAAGAGCUACCAGGUUCUCGCUAUCAACAGAGACAGCUACAGCCAGCACAUCUCUCACGUGGAGUACGCCAUCGACCAGAUGGAGCUGUUCCACCAUCCGCCGGAGGCCCUGCAGUUCGCCAAAGUCACCAACCUGGAGUGCAGAAAUGUGGAGAAGACGGUGAAACUGGAGAAGACCACCACGAUGGAGAAGACCUGGGACAUUGGCAGAGAGACCCGCAACGGCUCUGUCUCCACCAUGACGGCCAAAGUGCCCAUCCUCGGCCCGGGGAACGUGGACUUCUCCAAGGAGCAGACGGUCACCUUCUCAGAGGGAACCAAAAUGGUGGAGUCCAUCAGCCAUGCCGUCUCUGUGAAUCUGGAAGUCCCACCCAACCACUCCUGCGCCGUGAGGAUGGAAGGCAGGAAGAUGACGGCUGACAUCCCCUUCACUGGCAGGCUGAGCAGGACCAACCACAACGGAGACACCCACUGGACGUACAUCACAGGCACCUACGACGGCGUGAGCGUCGGCGAGAUCAAUGCUGUGGUGGAGAGGUGUCAGCCGGUGACUGACGCUGUUCCCUGCUCCCCUCCUCAGGACUGAUGAUCAGUCUGCAGAACUUACAGCUCCAAAAGCAAAUGUUGAAAGUUUCUAAAUAAAAUACAAUUGAAAUUAUCAAGGA